GUAUGACAGAUUUGGCCGAGUUAUGUGUCUAAGCACUAUAAAAGCCCUGCAGUUAAAGCCCUUUGGCACACUCGUUAUCAAAUCUCUAACAGCUCCCAAGCAAAACUACCCCUAUCACAAUGUACAAGCUGAUCGUUCUCGCCGCCUUCUUGGCCUACGCCUCUGCUGGACUGAUCGCCCCCGUCGCCAGCCCGUGGGGUAACCCAUGGGGUCACGGUCUCGUUGGUGCCCCCGCUGUGGUCAGCGCCCCCAUCGUCAGCGCUCCCAUCGUUAAGCAAGCCAUCCCAGUUGCCACUUCAUACGCUAACUCUGUUAGGAUUGCCACCCCCGCCGUCGCCGUGGCCGCCCCCGUUGCCCACGCUCCCGUGGUCUCCUAUGGUCACGGAUGGUAACCACCCUGAUCACCACCACCAUCCAGGCUACACCAUCUCGCCUAGUCAAGAUGCAACAGUCAAUUAAACUUGUAACUUAAGACUACGAAAAAUUUUGUUCGGACCAUUACUAAAUUAAAGUAUUAUUUAUUUCUUUACAUAAUAAAGUAUUGUUUUAUUAA